AUGAAAAAGUCGAACAUCAACUACAUUAAAUAUUUUCCAGGAGUCAUGUUGAACAAAACAUCACUCGACUUCUUUGUUGACUUUGAUACAAUUUGUUCACUUCCAAUUGACAAACCAAGUCAUGACCUCCUCUGUGUUGGAAACAACUCGAAACACACCGUGAAAAUACAACUGACAUACAAAACGACAAGUGAGAAGUACACCAUCAGGGUAACUCCAUCUCUUGCAACACUGUCAUCUGGGAAAGUUGUUGAAUUUGAAAUAUUUGUAACACCUCUGUGCACGUGUAGCAUCAGUGAAACUAUUGCAAUUGUCCUUCUUAAUAUGUGGAAGUGCGAGCAGAUGUCCCUCAACUUUCCCAUUAAUUUGGAGAGUGAGAAGUCAAGCAACCUUGAUGCCGAUAAAGUAAUUUGCAAAAAGAAGAUAUGCUAA